UUCUCUAUCUCAGUGCUCCCAGCCAAAAUGAUUUGACGUGACUGUCAAAAAAUUGCAAAUAAAAAUGUCAGCUGCCCCUCUGUCGACAAGUUAUUUAUUUCGGAAAUGUAAUUAAAUUUCAACCAAAAGAAUCUUAAUAAUGUUUACUAAUCGAGUAAUUGUGGAAGUAAUGGUAUAGGGUGGAUGUGAUGAUUACUCAAUAUCUUACAUACAAUAGCCUUACUUGCUUAGAUGUGAAAGCGAACAAACAGUGUCAGAUAGAGACCAUACACUAAAUUCUGCGAACGUCCAAGCUGCCCCAAUGCCUUUUAGCAUCAGAAAGCGCAAGGCAACAUGUAUCACAUGUUGUCAGAAUUCCAGGCGUCAGAAUUCGAUUCCAUUUCGGAUGUGUUGUCGUUGAAUCCCGAGGAUCCACUAGACACUUUUGGCGAAAUGUGGUACUCAAUGUUGUUAUGGUGUUUAUUCUCUUCAGUAUUCGUGCAUACGUGCGCGGCUCUCGUAUCAUUCGCGACGCUGAGGAAGCAUAAAUAUGGAAAGUUUUUCCCUGUCCUACUGAUAGUAUAUGGUGUGGUGACCCCAGUGACUUCGGGUAUCGCGAGUAGUGCCGCUGUCGCGUUCAUAUACAGAGCAGCCCAUAUAGUCAUGCCUGCGCCACACGCGCUCAUCUGGGGGAUUGGACAAACUGUACUUGGGGCUGGAAUAGGUUUCACUAGGAUUUUGGCAACUUUGUAAUGUAAAUGUAAUCAUGACUAGGAUAAUUAAGUAGCUAAUUAUAACUCUGUAACUACCUUCAAUAUAAUGUAGUCCACAAGAGAAAAUUGAAAGUCAAUUAUAUAAAAAAUAUUCUAUGUAAUCUGAAUGAAAUGGGUAAGGUGCUUAUGUGUAUAUUGAGACAACAUUGUUGUAAACUAAAUUAUUGCAUAUAGACUUCAAUGGAAUACUCAUUAGACCUCCCUGAUUCAUUCAUUUGUUUAUCAGCUAUCAUAUAAUCUUUUCAGUACCCACAUAAUUUUAAGGUUACUUAUGUGUUAAAUAUGUAUUUAAGAAAUUUUAUGUUAUUGGUUUAAAUAUAUUGUGUAAAUUAUUUUAAUGAUUAAUUUGUAGACAUGACUAUGGCCUAGAAUCAGUAGAAGUGUUAAACACAAAUGUAUGUACAUUGAAAUGUAAUUAGUACAAUAAUUAACAUGAGAUUGUGUGAGUAAGGCACAAAGAACACUUUUAGGUUGUUUAGAGUCUUCUAUUUUUAUAAACAGUUUCUAUAAAAGACAAAACAUUCCAAGUACUUUUUACUAUCCUAAUUAACAUAGUUUAAACUUCUACUGAUUCAAGCAUUUUGUAUUGAAAAAUCAAAACAACUCCUAAUUGCACAUAUUUAAGAAAAAAUUGACUACAAUAAAAUGCACCAGAUGGAGAUUUGUAAUUAGAAGAUUAUAAUGACAUGUAAAAUAUUGAGGUAAUUUUAAGAGAAAAAUGCACAGGACAAUAUUAUUCCUGUAAAAAUAACACCAAAAAUUGCUCAGUUUCAUUUAACUAUUUCUUUUAGACCCACCGAUAGCAAUAUUAAACACCUGCAAUAAAUUAUUUUAAAUUAAGAAUUUGGCUAAGUAUUCUUUAUUUUUCAUUUGAUUUUGUAGACUUGCACAAAAUGUAUACUUCUUCAUUUUAUAUAAUGUAAUGCCUGUUGUACUUAUGAAUUCAAUAACAACUUAUCAAAAUGGCAUUGAUUAAUUUUCCAUUUCAUACAUUAUAUCUUCCAGUACUGUACAAUGAUCAUAGUUAAUUUUGAAGGUGUAAUGUGUCAUUAUUGAUAACAGCUUUAGAUCUAUUAUUUAUGUACAGUUGUAUAUUCAACAGAACUAG